UUUAAAUUAUAUUUUUCGAUCCAAGCAGGCUUUUUUAUGUGCCAGAUUUCAUUUUGCCUUAACUUUGUGAAGUCAGUCUAUCAUUUCGGCCGCCCAAUUCGAUUUAAAAUCAUGGUGUAUCUGGUAAGGAAUAAGCAAGAUCUCGACAAGCAGCUGGCUUUGGCCAAGGACAAGCUGGUGGUGAUCGAUUUCUAUGCCAACUGGUGUGGACCUUGCAAAAAUAUAGCCCCCAAAUUGGAGGAAUUGGCGCAGCAAUAUUCGGACCGUGCGGUGGUGCUCAAGGUGGACGUAGAUGACAACGAGGAGAUUUCGGGGGACUACAAUGUGACCGGCAUGCCAACGUUUGUGUUCAUCAAAUGCGGCGAAGUCCUGGAGCUUUUCGUCGGCGGAAAUCCUGACAAGCUGGUCAAAUCCAUGGAGAAAUAUGUUAGCGAUGUGGAUUCCACGGAGCAGCGCCGCACAUCCAGUCACCUGGAAUCCGAGGAAAUGUGCAGCGCCGCCCCAAGUGCCUCAUCCAGUGACACUGUCAACGCAGAGGUCAUGUGCGAUCUAUCGGAACACGAUCAAGAGGCCACGGAGGCCAUGGAGGCCAUGGAGGCCAUGGUAGAUCAGUAACACCCGGGUCUAUAACACUCAAGAUACCUCCAAGCUCUAAUGAAAGUCUUGAAACCGCACCAAAGACAAAGACAAUUUCAAAUGUUUCAGGAUUAAGCUAUACAGCCUUAACACUAAACUCAUCAAAACAGUAUUACAAGACUCAAUACACCACAAGACGGUGAUGCUAUCUCGAAAUCGAAAUACUCUAUAUGCUAUCUCAACCAAAAAUCGCUGGAUACAAAGGAAUACUCUAUAUGCUAUAUUUCAACCACAUGACUUUGGAUGCUUGCAAUUUUGAAACCAACAUAUUGUGCGCGCUAGCUCAGCAUUUAAAACAAAUAUGAACAAUCGAUUUCGGUUCAAUAAAACAUACACAAUUGUUGGCGAACA